AUGCAGGAGUCACGCCAACCAACUUUCAACCUCCUGAAAGCCGCUCACAACAUUCUCGGCUACGGCACAAGACUUUUUGCGUACCUUCGUGGUCAAAAAUCAGAGAAGAAGACACAGACUCAUGAACUCGGGGACGACUACAUCUCAUCCGACUCUCUGAUUAAUAUUGAGGGUGGGCCGAGAACAGCGCGUUUAGUUCAAUUGAUCCUGUGGGUUAAAGUCUGA